UUUUGAAAGUAGCCUUUAAAUGGGAGAAAAAUGCAGGAAAGAGACAGGGGCACUGCCAAGGUUUCCUCUCUUUAAUUGAGUAACCAAACGCUACCCCGCAGUUUAACGAAGUACGGGGUUUGAUGGAUAAGCGGCGAGUCGAACGCAGAUAAAAUGGACAUGAAAACUGCGGUAUUUAAUGCGGCGAGAGAUGGUAAACUGAAACUUAUCCAGAAGUUGCUGAGCAACAAAACUCCGGAGGAGUUAGAGGCGCUUACCGAAGAGAAGACUCAAGGAGGCACAGCACUGUUGAUCGCCUCUCGAAAUGGACACUUGGAGGUAGUUGACUAUUUGGUCGAACAUUGUAAAGCAAAUGUUGAACUGGGGGGCUCUGUGAACUUUGAUGGCGAAACGAUCGAGGGCGCCCCUCCUCUGUGGGCGGCUUCUGCGGCAGGUCAUCUGCCAGUCGUUAGAACUCUCCUAAAGCAUGGUGCCUCUGUCAAUAGCACAACUUUGACGAACUCGACUCCACUGCGAGCUGCCUGUUUUGAUGGGCAUUUAGAGAUCGUUCGAUACCUUGUCGAACAUCGUGCAGAUAUGGAGGUAGCUAACCGUCAUGGCCACACUUGCCUAAUGAUCUCAUGCUACAAAGGCCACCGAGAGAUAGCCAAGUUCCUUUUGGAGAGGGGGGCAGAUGUGAAUCGUAAAAGUGUUAAGGGCAACACCGCCCUACACGAUUGUGCAGAGUCUGGUAGCUUAGAAAUUAUGAAAAUGCUGAUGAAAUGUAAUGCUCGAAUGGAAAAAGACGGCUAUGGCAUGACCCCUCUUCUUGCCGCUAGUGUCACCGGCCACACCAAUAUUGUGGAGUACCUCGUUCACCAGCCACGGGCCUCAAGGGAGGAGCGUGUUGAUGCCCUCGAACUGCUCGGCGCAACCUUUGUAGACAAGAAACGUGACCUGUUGGGAGCCAUGCGAUACUGGCGCCGGGCCAUAGAAUUGCGGCAGCCCGGAGACAAGACUAGCUCACUAUCGAAGCCCCCUCCUGGACCACCGGUGCCUGCUUAUGACUGCGCCCGAGAGGUGAGCUCUGCAGAGGAGCUGGAGGCUCUCAUUACUGACCCUGAUGAGAUGCGAAUGCAAGCAUUGCUGGUGCGUGAGCGCAUCCUUGGUCCCUCACACCCAGACACAUCAUACUACAUUAGAUACAGAGGAGCUGUCUAUGCCGACUCCGGCAACUUCGAGCGCUGCAUCAGCCUGUGGAAGUAUGCCCUGGAGAUGCAGCAGAGCAACCUGGAUCCCCUCAGUCCGAUGACGGCCAGUAGUUUUUUGUCGUUUGCAGAGCUUUUCUCCUUUGUCCUGCAGGAUCGUGCCAAGGGCACCUUGGCCACACGAGUCACUUUCCAAGACCUGAUGAGUGUUCUGGCCAAGAGUGUGCGGGAGGUGGAGAGGGCCGUGGCCCAGCGUGACAACCCCCCGGAGGCCUCCCAGUUCACCAAAGCGCUGUCCAUCAUCCUGCACCUGCUGUUCCUGCUGGAGAAGGUGGAGUGCUGUCCCGAGGAGGAGCACCGCAAGCGCCAGACGGUCUACCGACUGCUCAAGCUCAACCCGAGGGGGCGCGCCGGCUUCACCCCACUGCACAUGGCUGUGGAUAAGGACACCACAUCUGUGGGCCGCUACCCUGUCGGCCGCUUCCCUUCCGUGGCCGUGACUGCGCUGCUGCUAGAGUGUGGCGCUGAUGUGGACUCCCGCGACUGUGACAAUAACACACCCCUCCACGUCGCCGCCAGCAACGGCUGCCCUGAGAUCAUGGGGCUGCUGGUGCGAGCAGGGGCCCACUUCGACGCCACCAACUCUCAGUGCAAGAGUGCCUACGAGCUGCUGGAUGAGCAGAGCAGUGGGCGCCACGCGCUACACCCACUCAGCUAUGUCACGCUGCAGUGCCUGGCUGCACGUGUCAUUGAAAAGCACAGACUGCCCUACAAGGGACUGAUCACCCAGGAAUUAGAGGCCUUCAUUGAGCUGCACUGACCUUACCUGCCUAGGUCCCCUUCAUCUCCCCCCUCACCUCCCUGCUCCACCAGUACCUCACUACCUGAUCACUUCCCCCUCCUCUCUUGCCUCCCCCCCCUUCUAGUCUAUGCCACAUCCCUCUUGUCCCUCUGAGCCUACCCAAACCCUUGCUCAGGCUUAGACCAAAUGAAAGCAAUAAUCCCAGGCCACUAAUCGCAAAAUAAUGAAAGGAUUUCUAUUUUCUCGCCAGUGUGUGUUGAAAUCUUUUCUUUUAUUUCUAUGCCUGCCUCUGGACUUUACUUUUGGGGUAGAUGGUGCAUAGUUGGAUGUGCUGUGGUGCUCUUGCAGCAAGCAGAUGGGUAGAUUUUUUGUUUUGUUUUAUGAUCGCAUUUGCAUUACACUGCUCAUUGAUCAAAUGGUCUCCCUCCCAGACUGUGACGGGAGAUCAAUUUUGCAUUGCCAGUGAUUUCUUUGUAAUGUAUUUAAUUCUUAAAGUUAUGGCUUUCAGUUUUGGAUCUGGGCUUUGUAGUUUCAAAUAAGAAUGAUAGACGUUAUCCUUUUCAAUCUUUUGCUGCAUGGGCAUGGGUACGAAGAACUUGAGUGGCUUGAAUUGUGUGCUUUAUUCUGCCUCUCUUCCAAUGCUAGUGAUUUUAAUGAACAUUAUCAGGGCAAAGCGGUUUGCUCAUACACACCCCUCAAUCUUAUCCAGAUAUUUUCUCUCAUUUUGUUUUACAGUUAUUGGAGUGUUUUAGAGAGAGGAAAAAAACUGUGCCAAACUAUUUGCCUCAUCUCGUCACUUGUUCUGUCUGUUGAUGGUGAUUUCCCCAGCCAUUAUAUUAUGCUGAAUGACCAGUUCUGUUCUGAUAGUCUGGGCCAGCCCAAACUGCCUGUAGCGCUAUAUUGUAUUUCACAUUCAAGUCCGUCAGGCCAAUCUGCCUAGAGGCUGUUGCUUUGCCCUAAAAAAUUGGACACAAAUGAAAAAUGAAUGCUAUGCGUUCAACAACGGAAUCAGUGGGGAUUGGCUGUAACUAGUCAGUAAUACACAGAUGCACAUGAAAGGUGCCACUUGAUUCCUCCCCGACUUCCCUUCUAUGGGAGGUUUGACAGACCAAGCUCUAUUCAUGAGCUUGGUGUGACAACCAGGCUAAUAAUGUUGAGAAGUGAAAACACUCUAUGGUCACCCUCUGUCACAUCUCUGCUGGUGUCCUCGGUUCACCAAAGAGAAGUAAGACUUGCUGGCCCGAAGAUGGCUGGUUGCAUAAUAGGAUUGAUAGUUUUGCACUCCAUAAAAUGCUAUUUAAUUUUUUUAGGACCUGGCACUUUACCCAUCAUAGUCAUCAUCAUCAGUUGCUGACGUUACAUGGAAAUCUAUGCAUUAUCAUGUUGAAAUGUUGUUUUAUUAUUAUCAGUUGUAUGUACCAAGGACAACAGUUUUGGCAACCUGGUUUACAGGGUAUGGUAAUGACUUUACAUCUGCACCCUAGUCUUAUUUUACCCCACUUAUGUGUUUGUCAACUGAGUUGUUAUCUGUGUGCAGUGUGUGAACACUCACAUGUAUGCGCGUGUAUGUGUUUGUGUGUGAGAGAGUUCAGUAUAAAUCCCACAUGGUUUGAAAGCACUUUGUCAAAAUUCUAAUCCCUUUCUUCUAAACCAGGGAUAUCCUCAACAACUCCAAACUGAUUAAUUUAAUUUAAAACUAUUACUGCAAAACACAAGAAAAAAAAGUGUUUUGAAAUGUCUGAAUAAAAUUCAGUAUUUCAAACGAGAA